AGGAUUUUCUCGAGUUGUGUUAGACUAGAACGACAGAAAAUGGAUUCGGAUGAGGUUCGUAAACGUAAGGAGUAUGCCGAGAGAAAAGUGAAGGAACGACAUGCGGCUCUUCGUAAAGAGGCUGAAGAAAAAAGAAAACAUACUGUUGAGCAUCGGGAAAGAGUUCAAUCAGUAUUGAAACGUGAACAAAUUGCUCUUCAAAAGCGAAUGCAGCAGUUAAAUGAGGAUGAAGAACGAAAAAAGGUCACGUUGGCCAAACAGCAUGAAGUUUCAUCUCGAAUCGCUGCCAUCACAAAAUCGCCGAAAUCUUUUGCAUUCGGAUCGUCAACACCACGUACGUUGGCUUAUCUCGAUAAUUUGCCGAAAAGUGAGCAGCAGUAUGAUAAGAAGCUUCGGCCAUUGGAUCAAGGGCCUAGUCAGACGACUAGUCCCACUUCUACUACUAGCAACACAACAAAAAUGGGGCGACUCUCAAUGACUCCACAGCGAGCUCCACCGGCUUCUCAUCGUCCGGCUCCAGCGAUGGCGUCAAUGACUACAUCGAUGUAUGUCACUUCUUCGGCACCAUCAACACGACAAGCGAAGUCGAUAUCGAAACCUGCGGCGGUAACAACGAAGAAGGUUGGAUCAAUGAUGACCCAGUCUGUGUACACACCAACAAGCCGUCCGGCUACUUCUUCCAGGCUCACGAUGAAACAACCAGCUCGUGGAGCAUCUACAUCGGCUGCCCGGCCAAAUACCGCAACACCAUCAAGCUCGAAUAAUCGUCGUUCAAUGGAUCAACGAAAGCCACCAAUGCCACGAAAACUUCCGUUUGGAAAGCCAGAAGCUGCAAGAAAGUCCGCGAGCCCAGUGGCUGCUCAGGAGCCAACUGCUCCGGUGGUAGUGGUGGCUCCAGUUGAAGCGAUUCCAGAAGUUCCAGCGGUUCAGGAAGAGGUGCUCACUGUCGAGGAACCAGCAGCUCCAGCUCGAGAGGCAGUUGUCGAAGAAGCUCCAGAAGCUGUAGUUGAGCAGGAAGAGAUUACUGUAGCUCCAGAAGCUGUUGUUGCAGAAGAGCAACAAAUUGCUCCAGAAGCUACUCCUACUGUAAUUGAAGAGCAUCAUAAUGAGGUUACUGUAGCUCCAGAAGCUCCAGAGAUUCAAGAGCCUUCAGAACCAGCAACAGAGCCCAUCCCGGAGCCAAAUGAGCCAAAAGACGAAGAAAUCCAAAGAAAUGAAGAAAUGUUCCAUGAAGAUACUUCAGAAUCACAUCUUGAAUCAUCUACGAACACUUCCCUAGCUGAUGAGCUCAUUAGCAUUGGAAUUGAUCAGUCACAAGAGAUUUUGCCGUCGAAGCCGGAGAUACUUGAGUUGCAUUACCCCCUUGUGGAAGAACAAAACGCUGUUAUUGCCCCAGUCGGAGCAGGAGAAGGAAGUGGUGUCAACGAUCUGAUCGGUGUCUUCGGAAACGACUUUAUCAAUCAAAAUCAGCCACCACCGCAGCAACAGCAGCAGCAGCAGAGACUUGUCCAAUUCGACGAGGAUACUGACAGUGGAAAAGCGUCUCCAACAUCAUCAGAGACAUCAUCAACAACUGAUGAAGUUACUCCGAGAGGUGCAAUUGAAGAAGAAGCUGCUGCAGAGAAGAUCACAGCUCCCCGAGUUCUUCCGAUUGUUCGAUCAGCUGAAGAUAUUGCGAGAAAGGAGAAGGAGAUUCGGGAGAGCGAGGAACGCAAAUCCCGGCUCGCCGCGAUUCUUGCAAAGUCGAGAGGAAUGGCGUCGCCGAUGACGAACACGUUGCCACCGACGGCUGAUGAUAUUAAGGAUUCAACACCAGCAGUCACUUCUGCAUCACUGCCUUUGCUGCCAUCUUCCCCUGAGCCAUCUUCUUCUUCUUCUUCACCUGCUCAGCAGCCAUCUGCAUCCACUGAAGAGACUGCCGAAAAGGCAUCGAAUGAGUCUGGAAGAGCAAAUGAUGUGCUCGCCCGUGUCGCUGCGAUGACCAACUCGUCCUCGUUGCAAAGGAUUUUACAGCGCAAGCAGGGCAGCAAUCCGUCACUUCAGACAUCUGAAUCGACGGGCGGUGAAAUCUACUAAAAAUCCAUCACAGUUCAUCAUCAUCAUCAACUCUCCAGUUUUCAUUCAUUGCUUACGGGUUUCUCUUCAUUACGAUCUUGCCCCAUCCAAAAGUGCAUUUCGACAGUUUUUGUUCCAGUCUCAAUUCAGCCGCCUUCAUGUCAACUCGCUUUAUUCUCCAUUGAAAUCCUCUUCCUCACCCACCUCCUGUACACUAUUCUGUACUCUCUCUCUCUCUUUCCAUUUCCCCAAUUAUCUUGAAUAUGCUCGUAUUAUAUCGCAUCCAUGUAAAAUAGAUAACUAUUGCUCAUCAUCUUUUCCCCAUGUUUUUUUUGGUGUAUUUGCUCUUCUGUUUUGUUCUGGUUUUGGAUUUUUUUAAUUCAAAAAAUUCGAUUUUUUCUUCUCGGGAAAGGUGAGUUUUCUAGUUUAAAGCCCUUCCCAAUCAGAGAAUAAUCUAUUUCUUCUGCUCCCCCAUACGGUUCUUUAUCGCAAAAAGAACAGUUUUUCUCGGAGAUCGGUCCUCUUCUUGAACGGUCUUGAAGGGCCGUUUUAGUCUCAUCUCAACCUUCCAAGAAGGGUACGGAGCUUUUUUUCAAAUUUUUAUUAUAUAUGACUAUGGAAAAAGUGCAUAAAUCGUUCUGUUCACC